UUUCUCCUUUCCACCCACCUUCUUCACUACUUAAUACAAACAAAUCCAACCAACGCUUCUGUUCAUAGAAAUUUCUUUGGAAAUUCUUCCCCCGCAAUUUUGGAAAUGAACACCCCUAGCAGACUACCUCUUCGCUCCGGCCAAGAAGCUCCGGGCAUCAAGCGCCAACACACCGCACGCUACUAUGCCCACCGGGUUCGCGAAAGCCUCACCACCCGUGUCUCCAAGCUUAUAUGUGCCAUUUUCUUGAUCAUUCUUUUCGUUUUAGGCAUUGUUGCUUUCAUUCUAUGGCUUAGCUUACGCCCACAUCGGCCCCGGAUCUACAUCCACGAUUUUUCGAUUCCGGGUUUGGGUCAAGCCAAUGGGUUUGAGAAUGCUGAGAUAAUCUUCAACGUGACAGCCCGGAAUUCCAACCAGCAUAUUGGAUUUUAUUAUGACAAUGUGGUGGGUUCAGUUUAUUACAAAGAUCAACGGAUCGGAGAUACACCGUUAUUGAACCCGUUUUAUCAAGAAGCCAAGAAUACUACAAUCAUGUACGGGGUGUUAAGUGGGGCCACCUUGACUGUCAAUAGCCACCGUUGGAUGGAGUUCUUGAAUGAUCGGUCUAAAGGGACGGUGAUUUUUCGUUUAGAUGUAACAUCAAACAUUCGUUUUAAGGUGUCCUCGUGGUCUAGUAAACGCCAUCGAAUGCAUGCCAAUUGUGAUGUAGGGGUGGAUCCUAAUGGAUCAAUCCUGGCAAGUUAUAAGAAUAAGAGGUGUCCUGUUUAUUUUACUUGACAUACUAUUGCUA